GUCCCACACUAGGCGUAUAAAAGUCAAAUAAUUAAGCGUGCCGCACACAAGUGACGACUCGGCGUGUUUAUUCAUUUGUAUUCUUCUCAUCUGUGAGACCCGAAGAAGCCAGGAGAUGCCAAAGUGUCCCAAAUGCAAUAAGGAGGUCUACUUUGCGGAGAAGGUGUCGUCGCUGGGCAAGGACUGGCAUCGGCCGUGUCUUAAGUGUGAAAAGUGCGGCAAGACGCUGUCCUCCGGCUCUCAUGCUGAGCACGAUGGCAAACCAUACUGCCACAACCCUUGCUACAGUGCACUGUAUGGACCUGGAGGGUUUGGACACGGCGGAACAGAGAGUCACGCUUAUUAAGAAGCGGAGGAAACAAGUGUGGCGUCCUGCAGACUUCAUACAGUCAUGCAAAUAAAUACCAAAAAUAAUCUAUAAAUAA